AACUGUUUCCGUGUUCCGAGCGCAGCUUCCGGUAGCUGUGAGUUGUCGAAUCUGUCAGAAGCUCGAAGUCGCUCAGAAGCAGCAGCAGAGCUUCAUCCUCCUCAUCUUCAUCAUGCGCUGGUUCGAGGGCUCGAUCCCGGCAGCCAUCGCGGCAGCUAAAGAGCGCAGAUGCGUGUUCGUGGUGGUGAUCACAGGGAGUGAUGAUCAGUCCGCUCAGCUGAUGUCCGGUUGGGAGACGGUCAGUGUGUCUGAAGCAGCUCAGAACUGCUGUGUGGCCAUUCGACUGGACGCUCAGAGUGAAGCGUGUGUCCAGUUCUCUCAGAUCUAUCCCGUGGUGUGUAUCCCGUCCAGCUUCUUCAUCGGAGAGAACGGCGUUCCUCUGGAGGUGAUCGCAGGCAGCGUGACGGAGGACGAGCUCCAGCGCAGGAUCCUCAGGGUCACACAGAUGCACACGCAGCAGAUUGAAGACGCAGAGAGAGCGGAUCAGACGGAGGCUCACGGAUCUGAAGAAUCCCUGUCUGUGUCGCUGGAGGAAGAGCGAGCGUCAGGUCACGAGACUCCGCAGCUGCUGGAUGACAGGGUGGAGAGGAUAACGAAGAAGCUGGAGGAGAGACGCGAGCAGAAGAAGAAAGCAGAAGAAGAGAACGAGCUGAAGAAGGAGAUGGAGAGGCGUAAGAUGGGGAAGGAGAUGCUGGACUUCAAGCGUCAGCAGGAGGAGGAGAAAACCAAGCGUCUUCUGGAGGAGAGGAAUCGAGAGAAGGCUGAGGAGCGAGCGGCUCGAGAGCGAGUCAAGCAGCAGAUCGCUCUGGACCGUGCUGACCGAGCGGCCCGUUACGCUCAGAACCAGCAGGACGCGGCGGCGGCUCGAUUAGCAGCGCAGCAGACGCGUGAGAACACGAGAGACGCGGCGCAGCGAGAGAGAAGUGCGGUGGCCAGGAUUCAGUUCCGUCUGCCUGACGGCUCGUCCUUCACGAACCAGUUCCCAUCAGAGACGCGUCUGCUGGAGGCCCGACAGUUUGCUGCUCAGGAGGUUGGGAACCGAUACGGUCAGUUCUCUCUGGCCACCAUGUUCCCCCGGAGAGAGUUUACAGCUGAAGAUCUGGAGAAAUCACUGCUGGAGCUGGAUCUGGCCCCCAGCGCCUCCAUCGUGCUGCUUCCUCAGUCCAGCCGCCCGUCCAACACUGUGGUGCACUCGUCUGCGGGCGGAGGGGUCUGGGCCAUGCUGGGGUCACUGCUGUACCCGCUGCUGGCCGUCUGGAGGUUCAUCAGUGGCUUCCUGUUCAGCAGCGCUCCUCCACCUGCCGCCGCCCAGAACCAACACGUGACAAACGAGAACGGCUCCAGCGCUGCCGCAGAACCAAAGAGAGAUUCGGUUCGUAAGAGAGUUCUUGAGAAGAGGCCUGAGGACUUCAAGAAAGAAGGUAAAAUAUACCGUCUACGGACUCAAGAAGACAGCGAGGACGACAACAACACCUGGAACGGCAACUCCACACAGCAGAUGUAGUGCAGCGAGCCUCUUUGGUUUGAGUGUGUAUCGGUCUUAACGGUGGGGUUAUCAUUUAGGGCUUUCCAUUCCCCUUCCCUCUGGCUCCAUCCCGCAUGGGUAAAUCAGAUCAGGUUAACCUAACUCACUUUAACAGAGAUGCUGUGCGUGCCCAACACUUCGACCAGGAUGACUCCAGGCUGGAGAAUCCCAUCCGAGGCUUAGACGCGUUUGAUGCGUUAGUUGCAUCUGUUAUUGCCUGGAUUGACUUAAUACAGUAACCACCGCUGUGGAUGCGGUUUGUUGUGAAUAUCUGACCGUUUGUGACAUUUUAUUUGGUGGUUUUGACCCCACAGCAUCAUCAACUGCCUCGGCAAUAGAAUGUCUUUCUACUAGUUUGAGCACAGAUGCUACUUGAUCCUUUAACGAUAGAAUAAAGAAUAAAAUAUGAUUUUCAAUGAAA